UUAUUUUUUUGUUUUAUUAUUUUAAUUUUUGGUUUUUUAAUUUCCGUUUUGAAUUUUUUUUCUUUUUCUGUUUUUUUGAUUUCCCCCAUUUUCCCUUCUGUUGUUAUUUGUUGUUUGUUGUGUUUUUCCCUUCGUUGUUUGUGUAUUUUUUUUAUUUUACUUGUUAGUUUCUGAUUGUCGUUUGUUCUCUUGUGGUUUGUUCGUUUUGUCUUUGUUGUUGUUCUAUGUUUUGUGGUUAGUUUGUGAUUCGUUUGUUUUUAUCAUAUUUUUACAUUAUCUUCAUUUAUCUUUGCGUGUAGCUAGUUAGUAUUAGCAUUGUUAGUAAGGGUAGCAUAGUUAGUACUGUUGGGAGAGUGAAGGUAGCACUAUUAGCAUUUAGUUAGCUUAGUGGGUGUUUUGUGAUUACUAUUAAUAUUAGAUUAAUAGUACGUUUGUUAAGAUAAUAGAGCUAGAGCUAUGAGGAGAGGUAUUUCAGGGCCGUUUGAGAACAGCCAGGGCCGUGAGCGUAGUGAGCCGGGGUCCGCACUCGCUAUGACGAAGCGCCUCGCUCCUAAGGAGGCCAAGCUCAAACACUACCUGAUGCUGCGCACGCUGGGGGAGGGCUCCUUCUCCAAGGUGAAGCUGGCGCAGCACGCCCGCACCGGCAGGAAGGUGGCCGUCAAAAUCAUGCGCAAGGCCAAGAUGCCCAGCCGCGAGUUCCUGGCCCGCGAGGUGGGCUGCAUGCGCGCCCUGCACCACCCAAACAUCGUCCGGCUCUUUGAGGUAGUGGACACCGGGGCGGAGGUCAUGCUGGUGAUGGAGUUGGCGAAAGGGGGCGACCUGGAGGGCUACCUCAACGAGCGCGGGCGCCUGCCCGAGAGCGAGGCCCGCCGCAUUUUCCGGCAGGUGCUCUCGGCCCUCUCGUACUGCCACAGCAAGGGCGUCGCGCACCGGGACCUGAAGCCCGAGAACCUGCUCAUGGACGACAACGGAAACAUCAAGUUGGCGGACUUCGGGCUCAGUGUCCGGUGCGCCGACGAGGGCCUGAGCACCUGUUGCGGCAGCCCGGAAUUCCUGGCCCCCGAGAUCUACCUCCACCAGACGUACAAAGGCCCCACGGCGGACGUCUGGAGCCUGGGGGUGACCCUCUACAACAUGCUCACCGGGGAGCUGCCCUUCGCGGGGACCAGCUGCCAGGAACUCCGGGCCAGCGUCCUGAGCGCGCACUACUACAAGCCUGACUACCUCUCGGACCAGUGCCGGGACCUCCUCAGUAAGAUGUUGGUGCUGGACCCCCAGAGUCGGAGCACCCUAGAGAGCGUCAUCGAACACCCCUGGGUCCAGAUGAAGGGAUCCCCGCCCUUGGGGGAGCCGGCCGGCGGCCACCACGGCAUGGCCGUGAUGGAAGCCGAGGUCCGCCAGGAUUGCUGGAGGCCCGAAAUUGUCAGUGUCCUUGCGGAGGGAAGUUUUAAUGAUGUCAUGGGGACAGAGCAGACACUCUGCGGUGGGGAGGAGGAGGGGGAGGGGCAGUGGGACGAGGGGGAGGGGCCAAGCCAGGCCUCCUCCCAGGAGCACUUCGCUCCCACUGCCACACAAUGUGACCUGGACUGGGAGGAGAGCCUCCUGCAGCCUGAGGUGUGGGCUUGCAAGACCUCGCCCGUGAGCGUCUCCCUGCAGGAGGAAGCCUGGGAGCGGAGUUUUACCUCCAGGCCAGGCCCCCAGCUGCAGAACAGCACCAUCUCUGUGCUAGGCCCCCCGCUGGAGGACGCCUGGGGGCAGUGCAUCCCCUCCAUGCUAGGCCCACUCUUGGAGGAGGCCCUGCAGAUCAGAACCACCUCCUUCCCAGGCCCCCCCAUGGAGGAUGCCUGGGAGCACACCACCACCACCUUGCCGGGCUCCCAGCUGGAGGGGGGCCUGAAAGGCAGGAGCAGAACCCCCAGCCCAGCCCCGCCACCCUCCAUCACCUCCCUAAGACCGCCCUCAAGCAGUGGCUCUCGCCUCCUGCCCCAAAGUAAUGCGCUGGCCCCUGCAGAAAGGCAGGAUUCCACCCUUAAGGCCAGGCAAAGCGGCAAGGCCAGAGUGAGGAGAAUAAUCAGCGCUAUAUUGAACGUCUGCUGUUUCUGCGCACCAUUGCAUAGAAGAAACCACCACAAAGACUAAGAAUAUAACCACCACACUCUGACGAAUUCACCGCACCCGCAAAGGGCAGCCACCCAGUGGCCAAGGUGAAAAGGAGCACACCAAGGGAGGUCGAGGCUCUGGAGAGGGGCCAGGGGCUGGUCCAGUCAGAGGGGCCAGGAGCAGCAUGAGACGCACAGACAUGGAGCACAGAUGUCCGGGGGCACAGAAGUCCAAGCAGCAGAGCAGGUCGGGGAUGGCCCGAGGAGGGGGCCGUGAUGGACAGACUGGCUUCCCACUGCAGGAUGGACCUCCAGGGGACCUGCUCUGCCCCUGGGGCGCUGGGGCAUAGAGGCAUCUGCAUGCUCUUUCCCUGCCUGCAGGAGACAGUCUGAAAUGGAUUGUUGAAACUGUCUAUCCCAUGACACAAUAAAUCAGUGUUUGAAACUGAACGUAUUUGCUUCACAUUUA